AUGACCUUACAGACUGAGUCGAUCGUAGAGCUGCCCGAUGGCACCAGCUAUCGGCAACCGGUUGGCUUAUUUAUUAGUGGCGAGUUUACAACAGCUCAAGGGCAACUCAGUCUGGAUACCGUCAACCCAUAUACAGGUACAAUCAUCUGCUCGGUUGCUAGAGGCCGGAGUGAUGAUAUAGAUGCAGCGGUUUCUGCAGCGCAAUCGGCCUCCAAGGGGUGGAAGGAUACACCACCUAGGCAGCGGGGGCAACUUCUCCAAACAUUAGCCCAGCUUAUGAGACGGGAUGCUGAUCUCUUGGCGAAGAUAGAGGCUGUGGACGCAGGUAAACCAGUUCAUAUUGCCAAGGAGGCCGACGUACUGGCGGCAGCAGCUUGCGUUCAAUAUUAUGCUGGAUGGGCCGAUAAAAUCAAGGGUGACACGCUCGAGACCGACCCCAAGACGUUGAAUCUGACCGUACGGGAACCAGUCGGUGUCUGCGGUCUCAUCAUCCCGUGGAACUUUCCAAUCCUCAUGGUUGGAUGGAAGAUGGCGCCAGCUCUCGCAUCAGGCAACACUGUGGUGCUGAAACCUGCCGAGCUGACGCCACUUUCAGCCCUAUACGUAGGCAAACUCGUCCAGGAAGCUGGUUUUCCACCCGGUGUCGUCAACAUUGUGACUGGCUUUGGCGCCGAGGCCGGUGCUGCUCUGGUAGCUCACCCUGGCGUCAAUAAAAUUUCCUUCACUGGAAGCACGCCUGUCGGUAAGGGCAUUCUCAGCGCUUCGGCUGACAGUAGCCUGAAAAGAAUCACGCUGGAACUGGGCGGAAAAUCACCGUCUGUAAUCUUCAAUGAUGCAGACCUAGACGAGGUUGUUGAGUGGGUCAAUGGUGGCAUAUUCUACAACAUGGGACAAAACUGCUGUGCUGGUAGCCGGAUCUAUGUGCAGGAGGAUGUGUACGAAGCCUUCCUCGAAAAGUUCAUUAGGAGAGUCGAGAAGAAUGUCAUGGGCGAUCCGUUCCAUGAGAAAACAUUUCUUGGGCCCCAGAUUAGUGCAGCUCAGCACGCAAAGAUCAUGGGCAUGAUCGAAAAUGCCAGGACUCAGGGCGCAGUGCUGGCAAAGGGUGGGGAAAGCCCACAUGGAUGGUUCAUUGAGCCGACCGUCUUCCGAGACGUGCGCCAGGACAUGGAUAUCAUGAGGGAGGAGGUAUUUGGACCGGUUGUUGCAGUCGCGUCCUUCAAGGAUGCCUCUGACGCCUUGGCCAAGGUACACGAUACGUGCUACGGGUUGGCGGCCGCAGUGUUCACCUCGGAUCUGAAGCAGGGCCUAGGAAUGGCAAAGUCUAUAAAGGCUGGGACAAUUUGGGUCAACUGUUACAACAUGAUCACUCAUGAGCUCCCUUUUGGCGGCUGCAGGGAAAGUGGCGUGGGCAAGGAUCUGGGCGAGGAUGUGCUGAGUGAGUUUACCAACACCAAGUCGAUACGCAUCAUGCUCUAG